AAUGCACAGGAUGCCGGUAAUGACCGAAUGAUCGAAUUCGAUAUAUAGGCAUUUGACAAAAUAUCCAUUGUUGUUAUUAGACAUAUGGGUUUGGACAGUUAUCUGGGGUUAGUUUGGUUAAGCUAAGGAAGAAUAUUUCGACAAACUAACCGUUAAUAUUAGGUCUUCAAUUUGACUCUUUCGCAAAGCUGCAUUUUCAAAUAUUUUGGUAUCGAAAAUGGUGAUAAUAAAUUCGUUUAAAUAUCCGGACUCGAAUAUUCGGCACGAGCAGAGGAAUGUAAGGGCCAUAAUAGACAGUAAGGAUAUGGGUGUAGGAACAUUGUUUAUCAGCGAAAGCACCCUGUGUUGGCAACAGACAGGCGACGCGGGAUUUACAAUUGGCUACACUGACAUAUCUUUGCAUGCCAUAUCAAGAGAUGCUAAUUUAUAUCCGGAGGAAUGUUUAUAUAUUGUCACUGAUAAAAAAGUUUUAUCUCCCGAGGAUGAUGACCCUGAUAUAGAAGAUGGCGACCACAGUGAUGUUGAUGAUGCCGAGGUUUCUGAACUCAUUUUAGUACCAGAUGAAACUAACCCUUCAGCAAUCACAACUUUUUAUGAAGCAAUUAAAAUCUGCCAAGAACUGAAUCCAGAUCCAGAAGAUGUUGACGAAGAGGAUGAUAAUUUGUAUGCUGAUGCAGAAGAUGAAAUGGUUGAUGAGCAGUAUUAUAUGCAGGAAAGAGGUGGCGGUGAUGCCGAUGUAGAUAAUUUAGCUCAGCGUAUGCAAGCAAAUUCGGUAGAUGUUUGUUAUUCCCAAACAAAUGGUAACAAUGAAGAUGAUGAGUUCCAAGAUGCUGAUUAAAAUGUGUAUUGUUUGUUUUCAUUGGAAUGUAAUGUUUUUUAAUCGAAAAGACAGUUAACUCCGAUUAAGUUAGUAUGUGACUAUUUUUGAAAUAAUGCGGAUUUUAUCCUAAACAGACUGACAUUAUUCUUACUUUUGCAGAAAGUUCAGAAAUAAAAUAAAUAGACCUAGUUUGACGUUUCUUAUUUAAAUUUAAUGUUAUU